GACUGCAAAACGAAAAACCGGAUUAAAGUCGUCCGAGUACUCGAGUCGGAGAGGCAAAAUAUUUGCAUAUAAAUCUGCAUACAGUUUGUAACAAAGGACAACAUUGUGAUUCUGAACAUGGCUAUUCUACCUGCAAACAACUUUCUACGUGCAAUCAACGAAAUGAGAAAACGGAAGGAAUUUUGCGAUGUUAAACUUCUUUCUGACGAGAAAGACGAGUUUAUGGCUCACAGAGUUGUGCUGUCGUCUUGCUGCCGAGUCGUGCACCAAAUGCUUUUAUCAAAAGAACCAAACCGGAAGUUACCAAUAUUAGAACUGAAAAACGUGCCCAGUAAUAUACUCAGCGUUGUUGUAGAAUUUGCAUACUCUGGUGAGGUUGAUAUCACCAUGGAAACGGUCCAAGAACUUCUGAUGGUAGCUCAACUUUUAGAUGUACCAAGUUUAACUAAAUUAUGCAUCACAUUUGUUCAGGAACGCCUCACAGUGCAAACGUGUUUCUCCAUCGCCAAAAUUGCGAAUAAUGUCGCCAGCAAGGAACUUUUAGACAUUGUCAACAAUUUCUCACAGGACAAUUUUCCACCUGUGUGCGCUGAUGAACAGUUUCUGAAGCUGUCUGUGGAAGAAUUUCUUGAAUAUAUUUGCAAUAAAGAACUUAUUGAAGAACAUCGACAGGAAUUCAACAGUGCCAUACAGGUAUGGCUUGAACAUAACCCAGGGGAACAUCAAUUACUGGAAGAGAAACUCAAGGCGACCUUGCAGGAGAUGGGUAUGGGUGAUUUGAUAAAUAGUUUAGAAUUAAAGAGAAUGCCUAUGAUGAGUGAUGAUACACCUAACAAUGGGGGAGGUACUGAGAUGGUCCUUAGUAACCAAGAGAUGAAGAUUAUUUUUAUUAAUACUGAAGAGGAAAGCAAUGAAUUGAUGGUAAUGUUGUUUUUUUCUGUGCCGCCAAUAUUUUUGAACAAUACUUUCAACAAGAAAAUGAGAUAA